AUGUUAUCUGCAUCGACCCAAAUAUCGAGGGUCAGGCAGCUGCAGCAAGCCUUCAGUGUCCUAGCUCUCCUCAACAUAAACUCCAAUACCUAUCCCAAAGAUGCAACUGUUUUAAAUGGUGAUAUUUACGAUUAUGUAGUGGUUGGUGGAGGGACAGCUGGACUUGUAGUGACAACCAGAUUGGUGGAAGCCAAUUACAGUGUUUUGGUGAUAGAGGCCGGUGAUAUUCCUGGGGUCGAGAGUCUUCAUCCUGGACUGGUACAAUAUAUUAAAAAUUCCCGCAUAGACUGGAACUAUACGUCGGAACUCAACUGUCGAACAGGUAGCUGCCUCAAGGCUGAUGGUGGAUCUUUCUAUGGUAAAGGUCUUGGAGGAACUGGAAUCCUAAAUUACAUGAUAUAUGGACGAGGAAAUAAAAGAGACUAUCACAGAUUUUACGAAGCAACCAGUGAUUCAUCCUGGGAAUAUGAAAAUAUGCUCAAAUAUUUUAUAGUCAGUGAAAAAUUAGAAAACAAUGAAAUUCUUAAUUCCCAAUUUAGAAAAUUUCAUGGCACUAAAGGUGAAAUUGGAGUCACUCAAGAAGAUCGUUCUAUAGUAGAUAAAUAUCUAAAGGGUUUUGAAAGAGCCGGAGAAAAUUUAGUUAUUGACAACGUCGGUGCUGGGGUAGGAUUAGGAUAUUCGAAAUGCCUUUAUACAAUACUUAAUGGAAAACGUAAUGAUGCUGGUAGCGGUUAUUUGAAUUCUAUAAAAGAUAAAAUAAAAUUAUCUGUAACUAGAAACAGUUUAGCAACAAAAAUAAUUUUCGACACUGACAAAACUGCUGUCGGCGUUGAAUUUGUGAAACAUGACAAAAUAAUUACUGUAAAAGCAAGGAAAGAGAUUUUAGUUGCCGCUGGACCAGUGAAAUCACCGCAACUUCUUAUGUUGUCAGGCCCGAGCGUACGGCGCGCAGCGUUCCGCGCGCGCCUCAAGGAGCCAUUCGACCACCACAGACGGGGCCCUAAAGGGCUGAUGUUCAGCCGGGGUUGCGGGGUAAGCGCAAUGAGGUACCGCGACCUCGGCACAGAGCAGGAGAAGGAACAGGGGGCAUUCACCAUGGCUUCUGGAGUGACGAGCAUGCAAAUAAAUCAAAUACUCAACAUUCAAGGAGCCUUCCAAACCUUGGCUAUGCUCAACAUGGUUGGUUAUUUAUUUCCUGAAGACGCUCCAAUUUGUGAUGGUGAUAAAUAUGACUACAUAGUGGUGGGAGGUGGCACUGCUGGAUGUGUAGUAGCUGGGAGGCUGAUUGAAGCAAAUUUUAAGACAUUGGUUAUAGAAGCAGGAGAUAAUCCUGGAGAAGAAAAUUAUGCACCUGGUUUAUUGACCUAUAUGAAGAACUCGCGUAUGGACUGGAACUUCACUACACCGAGCGAUGGUUUCACAGAUCAAUGUCACAAAAAUAGUGGAGCAUUUUUUGGUAAGGUGUUGGGAGGUUCAGGGAAUGUCGACUAUUUGCUCUAUGGACGAGGCAACCCUCAGGACUACAGAAAAUUCAACGAAGAUUCAUGGAAUUGGAAAAAUAUGUUGAAAUAUUUUCUAAAAAGUGAAAAACUGAAUGAUAAUGAAAUUCUUAAAUCACGAUAUAGAAAAUAUCAUGGCACUAAAGGUAAAAUUGGAGUAAUCAAAGAAAACCGUAUGGAAACACAGGAGUAUCUGCAAGCCUAUAAAGAAGCUGGUAAAAGAGUGGUAUCUGAUGUUAUUGGAGCUGGAAUAAUAGGAUAUUCAGGAGCUCUAUAUCACAUUUCAAAAGGAUUACGUACUGAAAGUGCAACUGGUUACCUAUCCCCUCAUAAAGAUGAUACCAAUUUGCAUUUGACCCGUAAUAGCACUGCUGUAAAAAUAAUCUUCGAUAAGAACAAAAGGGCUGUUGGGGUAGAAUUUAUUAAAAAUGGCAAGUCAAUCACUGUAAGAGCAAAUAAGGAAGUUAUUAUUACCACUGGAGCUAUUAAAACUCCUCAACUUCUGAUGUUAUCAGGAAUCGGCCCAAAAGAGAGACUAGAGAAAUUAAAUAUCACUGUAUUAUCAAAUAUUCCCGUAGGGAAGAAAUUACAAGAUAACGUUGGUGUACUGUUGGGUUUUCAAACAAACAAACCAGCUAAAAAUGCGCCUUUUAAUUAUAAUGAUUACCCAGCGCAAUUAAUAAUUGGCUACUCAGCUCUACGGAAUUGCAGCUGUGAUCCAGAUUAUCAAACCAUUAACUAUAUAAUAGAUGAUCCUACAUAUCUUCUGAAACUGUGUGGAUUUAGUUUAGGAUUCAAAAACUCAAUUUGUGACAGACUUUAUUCAAACAACACUCAAAUUUUCUUAUCUAUCAUUUUGCCUUCAAACGUUGGAUCUUUUGGUGAAGUUGUUUUAAAAAAUACCGAUCCAUUCGCUAUGCCAAAUAUAUUUCCAAAUUAUUAUACAAAUAAUGGUGAUUUGAAUGAUAUAGUAGACUACAUCAUGGACUAUUAUAAAGUAUUAGAUACUCCUAAAUUCCAAAGUAUGGGUUUAAAAUUCGUGGAGGCAACUGGAAAAUGUGGUCAAUUCCAGUUUGGGUCACGUCAGUUUUGGAGAUGUUACGCUUUAUGUAUGAUUGUCCCUUCAGGAAGGUACGUAGGGACUUGUUCUAUGGGAUCUGUAGUAGACAGCCGACUGAAUGUUAUGGGUGUCAAAAAGCUACGUGUGGUUGACGCUAGUGUUAUACCGGGUACCAUUGGGAGUGCCCUCUUUGGUCCAACGGUAGCACUGGCUGAAAAAGGAGCCGAAAUGAUUAUAGAGGACAAUUCGUAA